GAUCGUGCAGCAGUAGCAACCUCAAUUUUCGAUUUCCUCUAAACUCUUUAUUCUCCUCCUCCCCCAUUCUAUCCUCAAAUCCUCAAAUCCCGAAACCACCACCACCACAAACCCUCCCUUCACUCAACCAACCAUGGGGACCGGCGCUUCCUCCCAAGGCGACGGAGGCGAAGAGCCCGAGGAGGAGGAAGAGUACCUCGACCAAGGCGGCGGCGGCCAGCUCUACGUCUCGUUGAAGAUGGAGAACAAUUACAAGCUCAAGAAAGGCGAGCUCCUUCCUCACGUCUUCGGCUCCGUCCCCCUCGUCGGCUCCUGGGACUCCUCCAAAGCCCUUUCUAUGGAACGUGAAUCCACCUCAAUGUGGGAGCUCAGCUUCGUCGUUCCUCCCAAUCACGAGACGCUGGAUUUCAAGUUCCUGUUGAAGUGCAAGUACAACAGCAAUGCGCUGUGUGUGGUCGAGGAGGGUCCAAAUCGCCAGCUCAUAGGUGGAGCCUUGCAAGGGGAUGCUAGGCAGGCUGUGUUUAGAAUCAGUGGUGAUGAGGUGCUUGAGUAUCAGGUGUUUAUUAAGGCCGAUAGAGUGUCGCCUUUUGAUCUCGCUGCUAGUUGGAGGGCUUAUCAGGAGAAUCUCCGGCCUUCUGCGGUCCGGGGCAUUCCUGAUGUCAGUAUAGGCUCAGUGCCUGAGAUUGGUAAUGAGAAUGGCUCUUCGGUGAGUUUGGAGCUUGAUCUCGAACAUUAUGUUGUUCCAGCUCCUCCGUCUUCAGGUCCGGUUUAUGCUGCUAAUAAUGCAGAGACUCCAAGGUCAUUAUCUCUUACUGGGGUUUUUACUAAAUCCGAUGGCUCUACCCACGCCUCAUAUACCUACAAGGAUAGUGGUAUUCCAAUCGAUCGAUCAAGCAAAAAGGAGAUGGAGGUUGUUAUUCCAGAUUCAUCAAAGAUGUAUUCUUCCUCUGGGAUGAUUGAUUCAAAGUCUGUGGGAACAUUUUCACCUUUUCAAAAGCAAGACAGUCAAAGGGGUCUCUUUGUGGAUAGAGGUGUUGGGUCUCCUAAGCUUGUUAAAUCAUCCAGCUCCAAUGCUUUCUCUACUGAGGUCAGGAAGGAGAGCCCAGAAGCAAAGAACUCAAUGCCAGAAGCUGCUGGAGCUGUUGCAGCUGCAGCCGUAGCUGAUCAAAUGCUUGGACCAAAGGAAGAUGUGCAUCUGGCAAUUGUCCUGGUUGGUUUGCCAGCUCGUGGAAAAACAUUUACGGCAGCUAAACUUACAAGGUAUCUUCGAUGGUUGGGUCAUGAUACCAAACACUUCAAUGUCGGAAAGUAUCGUCGUCUUAAGCAUGGGACUAAUCAGAUAGCUGACUUUUUCCGAGCUGACAACCCGGAAGGCAUGGAAGCGCGUAACGAGGUAGCAGCCUUGGCAUUUGAUGACAUGGUUUCUUGGAUGCAAGAAGGUGGCCAGGUAGGAAUAUUUGAUGCCACAAACAGUACUAAAAAACGGAGGAAUAUGCUUAUGAAACUGGCUGAAGGAAAAUGCAAGAUUAUCUUUCUGGAAACAAUAUGCAACGAUGAACGAAUUAUAGAAAGAAAUAUACGUCUUAAAAUACAACAAAGUCCUGACUAUGCAGAAGAGCCAGACUUUGAGGCUGGCUGCAAGGACUUCAAAGAUCGACUUUCUUAUUACGAAAAAGUUUAUGAUCCAGUGGAAGAAGGGUCAUAUAUCAAGAUGAUUGACAUGGUCAGUGGACAUGGGGGUCAAAUACAAGUGAACAAUAUCAGUGGGUAUCUUCCUGGACGAAUUGUUUUUUUCCUGGUGAAUACACAUCUUACACCCCGGCCAAUCUUACUUACAAGGCACGGUGAGAGCAUGGAUAAUCUCAGAGGAAGAAUAGGUGGAGACCAUGCUUUGAGUGAUGCUGGAGAACUUUAUGCCAAGAAACUUGGUAACUUUGUUGAGAAGCGACUGAAAUCAGAGCGAGCUGCUUCGAUUUGGACUAGCACACUGGAACGAACAAUUCUAACAGCAGGUCCGAUCUCGGGAUUUCCCAAGAUACAAUGGCGUGCACUGGAUGAGAUUUAUGUUGGAGUGUGUGAUGGAAUGACUUAUGAUGAGAUAAAGAAAAACAUGCCAGAGGAAUACGAGGCGCGUGAAAAAGAUAAGCUGAGGUAUCGUUAUCCUCGUGGAGAAUCUUAUUUAGAUGUUAUCCAAAGGCUGGAGCCUGUAAUUAUUGAACUUGAACGACAACGUGCACCUGUUGUGGUGAUAUCUCACCAAGCUGUCUUGAGAGCAUUAUAUGCUUACUUUGCUGAUAGGCCACUGAAAGAAAUUCCACAUAUUGAGAUGCCGCUUCAUACUAUUAUAGAGAUUCAAAUGGGAGUUACAGGAGUCCAAGAGAAAAGAUACAAGCUCAUGGAUUGAACGUUGUUACAGUGAAUGUAACUUGAAAGUACUGGUAAAUUGCUAUAUAUUCUUUUACGUCAUAGUUACCGUUGGUUAACCGAAGUAGCAUUAGUUUAAAUGCCUCAACUGUAUCUAUAAUAAGGAUUCAGCAAUCCAAUA